AUGUAUGCGCCUCCGCGCUUCCUCACCGGCAAGUUCUUCAUCUGGCUCUGUCUCUUCCUCAUCGAGAACCUCUCCGUUCCAUACGUCCGACCCUACCCGCGACCCAUCCCCCAAUUCGUUGCCCACGGCGACUCGAAAUGCCUACCAGAAGUCUCGGCGGAGGUUAUCGAAGCAGCGACUGCGAAACGGGCUACAUGUAGGAAGUACUCACCUUUUGCAGCGGGGCGGGCGCGCAUCGCAACCGUCACAGCGCAUUUCGGCAAGCCGCAGGAACACUACCAGAAAGCGUUCAAGACACACCUCCAGCACGCUUUGGUGCAUGGCACAGAGGUUAGAGUGAUGUGCGAUCCGAUUGUAGAUGAUCUGUGGAACAAACCCGCCUUCAUCCUCAACCUACUCAUGCGAGAGAUGUUGAAGCCAGAGAAAGAGCGUCUGGAAUGGAUACAAUGGGUCGAUCGAGACACCAUUAUCCUCGACCAAUGCCGUCCUAUAUCGAGUUUUCUCCCCCCAGAGAAAGCGCGCUUCGGGUCCUGGUGGCGCCGCGACGACGACGACGACAAGCAAACUCCAGCACCAACAAAUACAACACACCUACUCGUAACACGCGACUGGAACGGCCUCAACAACGGCAUCUUCCUCCUCCGCGUCAACAGCUGGGCCAUCGAACUCUUCACCGCUAUCCUCGCAUUCCGGCACUACAAACCCGAGAUCGACCUGCCCUUCACCGAGCAAUCCGCCAUGGAAGAGGUGCUCAAGACAGAGCAGUUCACAGACCAAGCGAGAUAUGUGCCGCAGCACUGGUUCAACGGGUAUGAAGAGAAUGGGGCGCAGAAGUUUCAGGACAGGGAGGAUGUGGAGGGGCUGAAGGAACGGAACGUUAGGAGAGGGGACUAUCUUGUUCAUUUUGCGGGGAGGGGGAAGAGAGGGGAUUUGUUGAUGGAGUGGAGUAGCAUGUUGGAGGGGGCGGGGGAUGUUUGGGAGGAGGGGAGGGUGCAAAGAGAUGUGAGCGGUGAGGUUGAGGCGUUUUGGAAGGAUCUUGGGUAUGGUGUAUAA